AAGGCUGUCUCUGACGACGUCGAGGAGUGGCCCAACCCCACCUGGAGGUGGGAGACGAAGCUGACGGGUAAGGCCUACCUGGCAGUGAGAGGAGCUGCGGACCCAGCUGUCGGAGGGGAGCUGCGGGACCUAGCUGUCGGAGGGGAGAGAGGAGAGCAGGGCAGGGCAAGGGUAGGGACGAUAUUUGCGUCCCCAUGCUGACUGGGCGCCAGCGUAUCAGGCAGACGUAGUGUGCCGAUUAGGUAAAUAUGGCAAAUCGAAGUGUAAAAUUUCUCUCCUACGGCAAAUAUGCAGGAGCAAUUCCUAAUAAUGGUUUUAGGACGAGUGCAUUGUUAUAGUGACAAAAUUGUAAAAAACCCCUCCGCCUCCGAGCUUGAAAAUUCCAAAGCCGCCGUCGCCGGGCGGCCACCCCUCCGGCCUCCCUCCUCCGAGAUGUCCUCGCCGCAAUCCGUCCUCCUCCUCCUCCCUUCCUGUCUACCACCCCCACCUUCACUCGCUCGCGUCGCCCCGCGCCCGCCCUCCUCGCCGCCCCUCACCGCCCUACGAUUCCCCCGCCUCGCCGCCAACCUUUCCCCGCCGCCUCUCGCGGCAUCGCCCCCUCCACCCGGCGGCUUCCGCGGCUGUGAAGACACCGGCGGCAGCGAUGGAGGAGGAGGAGGUGAAGGCGGGGGAGGAACGGACCCUCCCGACCCCGGCGACGGGUGGUGGCGCCGGUGGCUCCAGGCCCUCCACCCGGAGUUCCUCCUCCUGUUCCUGCUCCUCCAGUCCGGCGCCGCGUCCGCGCUCGCCGAGGCCCUCGGCGCCACAGGAGAUGACGCGGGGGCCGUGUGGGAGGUGAGGGGCGGCGCGCGCACCCGGCUCGUGCCGGACCCGACCUGGACCUCCUAUCUCAUCGCGGGGGACGACGGGUCGAAGCGGGAGGAAGGGGAUGCCAAGGGCGGAGGUUCCAGUGUGGACGUGGCCGCACUGCGGAGGCAGCUGGAGCGCUCGUGGCGCCGGUGCACCGAUGUUGCUGUCCAGCUGCUGCUCCCCGACGGGUACCCGCACAGCGUCAGCAACGACUACCUCAACUACUCGCUCUGGCGCGCCGUGCAGGGCGUGGCGAGCCAGAUCAGCGGGGUGCUUUCCACUCAGGCGCUUCUCUAUGCGGUUGGGUUAGGGAAAGGAGCGAUACCCACUGCAGCUGCGGUGAAUUGGGUGCUGAAAGAUGGGCUAGGAUACUUGAGCAAGAUCACGCUGUCCAAAUUUGGCCGGCAUUUUGAUGUGAACCCCAAAGGAUGGCGGUUGUUUGCUGAUCUUCUGGAGAACACGGCUUAUGGGCUGGAAAUUCUGACUCCAGUGUUUCCUCACCUGUUUGUUCCGAUUGGGGCUGCUGCUGGAGCUGGUCGCUCGGCAGCUGCUUUGAUACAGGCUGCCACCAGAAGUUGUUUCUAUGCUGGAUUUGCAGUCCAAAGGAACUUUGCUGAGGUUAUUGCAAAGGGUGAAGCGCAAGGAAUGGUUAGCAAGUUUGUCGGCAUAGGGCUUGGCAUUGUGUUGGCUAAUCAAAUUGGCUCAUCUGUACCAUUAGCUCUUAUUUCGUUUGCCGGAGUUACUGCUGUCCACAUGUAUUGCAACCUAAAGUCAUAUCAAUCAAUUCAGCUGAGAACACUGAAUCCGUACCGUGCAAGUUUGGUGUUUAGUGAAUAUCUAUUAAGUGGAAAAGUUCCAUCAGUCAAAGAGGUUAACAAUGAGGAACCCCUCUUCUUCAAUCUGUCACUUGGUGGUUCACAUAAAGGAUGCAAGAUUUUAUCAGCAGAAGCAAAAGAUGCUGCAGAUAGAAUUUGUUGGCGGUUACAAUUGGGUUCUAAGCUAAGUGAAAUUAUUGAGACUAAAGAAGAUGCAUGUGCAUUGUUCGAUCUCUACAAAAAUGAGCAAUACCUGCUUACAGAUUACAAGGGAAAAUUUUGUAUUGUACUUAAAGAGGGAUCUUCUCCUGAAGACAUGCUCAAAUCUUUGUUCCAUGUUAGCUAUCUGUAUUGGUUGGAAAGAUAUAUGGGCUUCAAACCAAGCAAAAUUGCCUCAGAGUGUAGGCCAGGUGGAAGGCUUGAAGUAUCUCUGGAUUAUGCUCAGAGAGAAUUCAGCCAUGUCAAACAUGAUGGUUCUGUCGGUGGCUGGGUGAUGGAUGGUCUGAUUGCGAGACCCUUACCUGUAAGAAUACGAGUAGGAUAUGUUACUCCUUAGGACUUGGCACAAUUGGCUAUCCCCAGAGCUCCGCCCUUGGAAAUGUACCGUGUGCUCAUUAUCUGAUCAAGUUUUUGGAAGAGUUAUAUUUUGUCUAACUGGUAGUGUGGUUCGACACUUUACCCAUAAGCCUUCUAAACUAACAGUCUUCAAUCUUCCUGAGGCUCAAAUAGCCUCAAUGAUUAUCCACAUAAUAGGAUGGAGCUGGCAACAUUUCUAGUAUAGUUUUUGUUAAGAACGGGAUUCUUUUUAGUUGGUUGACUUCUGAAGCCUGUACAAGUGCUCACAGGAUUAAGAGCACUUGGGUAACUACAGAGAUUAAAUACAGAUGAUGGAGUAUUAUCAGUACGCCACAUUGUGUGGUUGAGAGUCAAUUUUACUGAUAAUGCUUGUCUGGUUUUUUAUUGGAAUAAAAUUCACAUUCCAUAAUGUUAA